AUGAAAAGUGCCAGAACCGUCAUUUCUGACCGUUUGAGUUUGUACUCGGCAGGCCCGGGUUUUGCAGGCUCAGGGGUCCGUCCGCUUCGAAAGCGUUUUGACCCAAACGAACCAAUCACUCCUACUGAAAACGACACCAACACUAUCUUACCUUGUGAACCUUUACACGUUGAAGAUGGCCACUUGGUUGAUGCUCUGGGCCGCAAAAGAAUGCUUAAGGGUAUAAACGUGGACUCUGCUAUGAAGUUCCCCACUAAACCCAGCAUGCCUUCGUAUGAGGGCAACUCGCUGGACCCUGACAAUGUGUUCUUUGAUGGUGACAACGUUUCUUUUGUGGGAAGGCCGUUUCCGUUAGAAGAAGCUGAGCUCCAUUUGAACCGUAUCAAGAGUUGGGGCUUCAACGUUAUUCGUUACUUACUUACCUGGGAAGCUAUAGAACAUGCUGGCCCAGGCAAGUACGACGACGACUUUGUCAACUAUACGAUUGAGAUUCUUAAAAUCAUACACAAGGUUGGAGGAUUAUACGUAUUCAUGGAAUGCCACCAGGACGUCUGGUCACGUUACUCUGGUGGCUCUGGUGCUCCUCUCUGGACGUUCUAUGCUGCUGGCCUCGAGCCCAAGAAUUUCAGUGCCACAGAAGCGGCCAUCUUGCAAAACGAUGAAAGAUUCGAAAGAGCUCACGACCAAGAGUGCUACCCCAAGAUGCUCUGGACCACUAAUUACAAACGGUUGGCAUCGUUCACCAUGUUCACGCUCUUCUUCGCUGGUAGCACAUACUUCCCUCACUUGAGAAUCAACGGCGUUAACAUCCAGACGUUCCUUCAGAAAAGCCAUCUCAAGGCCAUGGGCUACCUUUGGCGCAAGGUCACCGAUGCUGUCCCUGAAAUGCUCGAGGACAACACGCUUCUAGGCUUUGAGUCCAUCAACGAGCCAAACUGCGGUCUUGUCGGUCAAGCCCACAUGGGCCAUCUUCCAGGCAACCAGCAUUUACGUUUAGACACCACGCCCACGGUAUACCAGUGUUUCCGUUUGGGUAUGGGUCUUCCUGUUGAGGUUGAUGUCUACAAGAUUACUGUUUCCGGACCUCAGAAAGACGGAUCACGUAUGGUGGACCCACAUGGCGUCCGUGCCUGGCUUCUGGCUGAUGACCUUAAGAAGGUUGACGCACACUACAAUUGGAGACGUUCGGGUUGGAAAGGUGAAUGUAUCUUUGCCGGUUUGAAGAUCUGGAAAUGGAACAAGUUCGCAGACUGGGACAAGGUAAACCUCAUGUCCUUGGAACGCAGACUAGAGUUCAGUUAUCAAGAGUGUCAGUUGGUGGUGCCAAACUAUUUCAACCAGGUGUCGCCACGUAUCUCGUUUAACGUUAUCGACGACAAGCUUCCUAACCAGAUCGACUUGCACUUCUUCAUUAAUCACUUCUUUGUGGAGUACUACAGAAGACUCAAGAAAACGAUUCGCUCCAUCACUCCUGGUGUAUUCAUGCUUAUCGAACCACCAGUGUUAGAGCCUCCGCCAGCACUUAAAGAUGACGAGCGCGGGCUCAUUGACGAUCGUACUAUUUAUUGCCCUCACUAUUAUGAUGGCUUAUCCCUUUUGAUGAAGACUUGGAACGAUAAGUAUAACGUCGACACUUUGGGAAUCAUGCGUGGUCGCUACUUGAACCCUGUGUUGGGUCUUGUGGUUGGCGAACGAGCAAUCAGAAACUGCAUCAAGAAACAGUUCUGUGAAAUUGUCAGCGAGGCAAGGGACCUCUUAGGCAACGUGCCUGUGCUUAUGUCCGAGACAGGUAUGCCAUUUGACAUGGAUGGCAAGAGAGCUUAUGAAGAUGGCCGGUACACUUCUCAAACAGCUGCUAUCGAUGCCUUGGCGAAUGCUUUAGAAGGUCUGAGAAUGCAUCACACCUAUUGGUGUUACACGAGUAUCAACUGUCACAAGUGGGGCGACCGCUGGAACAACGAGGACUUUUCGUUUUGGUCUCCUGAAGACAGAGAUCUUGCGUUCGACGACGAUGAGGAUGUUGACACUUCUUCACCAUCGAGAAGAAGCAGUGUGACUCCUUCACUUAGAGCCAUAAGGGCACUUAAGGAGACUGCUGGUUCUUCGUCGAUCAUCAAAACUAGAUUGAACUACCAUAAGAAGCGGUUAAUGCCAAACAUGUUCAAAAAACAAUUCUGUGGGGACGAGGACACGCUUGAUGAUGAUUAUGAACCUAGCUUUGAUAAUUCGACACUCAUUUCAGUCUCCAGUGACAACCUUCGCUACAAGCACAUGAAGAACUGCUACCCUUCCCCAGAUGGGCUUCGUGCCCCUAGCGCUGUCCUUCGUCCAUUCCUCAUGUCCUCUGUGGGUGUUGUCAAGGACACCGAGUUUGACAUAAAAGCAGCAAAGUUCGCCCUUACCGUGACUAUCAAGGAGGAGUUGGACGAGGAGACUCUUGAAAAAUGCCCUACAGUUAUCUUUGUUCCCAAGUGGCAUUUCCCGUUCUUGAACUACAACGAUAUUUAUUUGACGUCUGGUCAUGUCAAGUACAAUGAAAAACUUGAGUACUUGGAGUGGUACCAUUUCGACACUGAUGACACUGCCAAUAGCAGCUCCACAUCAUCUAUGGCUCGUGCUCCCACUGAUGAUGAAACUAUUAUAAUCAAAAAUCACAGCGGUAAAUACGAGGAUAUUUCCCAGAAGGACGAAAACCUCUUAGGGGACGUAUGCACAAUCGUUUAG